AUGGAUUCCUAUCUAUUCCGAAUCACAGAUACAGAGAUGCAGGAUUCUACUGCGGCUGAAAUCCCGCCAUCUCAGCCUAUUGAUCCCUCACAAGUUUUCACACAGCCCGGCUGGAGCGUCCAACUCACAGACGGUUCUUACAUGUACAUCAAAUCGUGGAGAACAGACGGUUAUGAUAGGACUUGGAUCACAGGUUACAAGCUGGUCAUCCCAAGCGCCGAGGAUCAUUGUGUUCGCCUUCAGGCCAAAGAACUGUUGUGGGUUAUGCACCCCAAUGUUCAAGGAAACCUAAUCACAGAAGUACAACGACUAGCCUCGGAUGCGAUUCGGAACUGUCGAAUCAUCUUCACAAAUCAAAAGUACGAGGACUUGAACUGCCACAUGGAUGCUGGAAGUUCGCUCGAGCCAUUGUACUUCUGCAGAUGGAAACGCGGUCUCCCGUUGCUGGCUCAGAUGUGUCCUAAGAAUGAUGGAGUAAGCAGGCACUUGACAGGCAGCCUGGAACACAUCCGAUCACUUGACGCUGAUGAUGGGUAUCGCCUUCUCAAAGAUGGUACUUCAAUUCCUACUCGAAUCUCUAAUACAGAGGCUCGAAACAAUUGGCGAGGCACCGGCCAGACGGCUCUAGGAGGAAGUCACAAGGAGCACAUAUAUGAAGAUCUCCACGUUCAGCAAUACACUAUGGCUGAUGCUUUCUGCGGUGCUGGUGGCGCCUCACAAGGAGCACUUGACGCGACCUUACGAGUAACUUGGGCUUUUGAUAUGAACUCGGACGCUAUGGCAACAUAUAGGGGACGAUUUGUGCCGCGUUCGGGAACCGAAUGUUAUCUGGAAGAGUGUUAUUCCUUUUUGAUUCGGGUCAUGAAGCAUCCAAAGCGAUACAUGGUGGAUAUUUUGCAUCUGAGCCCUCCAUGUCAGCCUUUCUCGCCAGCAAACACUGUCCCAAAUGAAGAGAAAAACGCAAUAAACCAUGCGACGUUCACGGCAGUUGAGGACCUAGUUAGGUAUACCCGACCUCGUGUUGUCACCCUGGAAGAAUCUGAUGCUCUCGAAUGGCCAAGUCGCCGCCUUUGGUUCAACAAGCUUCUUUCGAUGUUUAUGGGGCUGGGAUACAGUAUUAAAUGGGCAGUGUGUGAGCUAAGUGACUACGGAGUUCCACAGACUCGAAAACGGCUCAUCAUGAUCGCAUCUGGGUGA